AAACUUGUCGAAGAACUAACCAGCAGCAAUGAUAUGACACUACAGCGCGCAGAGCAAAUUUUCGUCACGCUACAACACGACUACGCUGCCGAGUACAAAGAGUUCGCUUUAGGAGAUUUAGCAGCGGGUGUUAUUGCACCGCUCGUGAAGAUUACGCUGGAGAAUUGGAAGCCCAUCGAACAGCCCACACAACAUGUGGAACUGAUUAAGAAGUGGCGUGGCAUAUUGGAGUCAAAUGCUGAACCACAAAAUGAGUCGCGUAACAUUUUCGAUCCGUACUCAUCACUCGUCUGGGCUGGCGUUAUACCGAGUUUCCGAGCAUGCGCCGCCUCCUGGAAUCCAAAAUUGCAUCAACCCAUGGCUGCGCUACUCGACUGUUGGGCGCCACUGUUUCCCACUUGGAUACUUGACUCCGUGCUCGAGCAGUUGGUGUUGCCGCAACUCAGUAACGGUGUACGCGAUUGGGAUCCGCUCACCGAUACCGUGCCCAUACACAUUUGGAUACUCCCCUGGAAUAAUAUACUCGGCCAUAAGAUGGAGGAAUUCAUCUUUCCAACCAUACGCGAAAAAUUGGCCGCUGCUCUACAAGCAUGGAUGCCACAAGAUCGUUCCGCACGCGCCAUGCUCACGCCAUGGAAGGGCGCUUUCAACGACGUAGAAAUGCAACGCUUCCUCUCGCAACACAUUAUACCCAAACUGCAAUUGGUACUCAACGAGUUCAUUAUAAAUCCACUGCAACAACAGCUGGAACUCUGGAAUCAAGUAUGGGAGUGGCAUGAACUUGUGCCCACGCCACAAAUGGCGCAAUUGCUCGAUAAAUAUUUCUUUCCCAAAUGGAUGCAAGUGUUGGUGUUGUGGUUAAAUCAAUCGCCUGACUAUGGGGAAAUCUCACGUUGGUAUACUGGCUGGAAGAGCAUGUUCUCCGAGGAGAUCUUGCGUGAACCCGCCAUAAAGGAACAUUUGCGUCGCGCGCUUGAAAUGAUGCAUCGCGCUACCGACGUUCUAGCCCCGCCCACACUGUCCUCUAUACCAACACCCAUAUUGACGUCGACGCCACCGCCGCCUCCACCACCUGCAAUGUUGGAUAUGCAGAUGGUGCCACCGGCGCAAUUGGAGUUCAAAGAGUUGGUCUCACAGAAGUGUGCCGAACGCGGUAUACUCUUUGCGCCGCUGCCAGGUCGUAGGGAGUUGGGCAAGCAGGUUUACCGUGUGGGCAAGCUGUACUGUUACAUAGAUCGCAAUGUUUGUAUGCUCAGCGAUGCCAGCAUGAAAAACUGGCUGCCCACAUCUGUGCAACAGCUACUAGAUCAUGCCCUGUCUGCUUAGUAAGCGAUUACAGCGCGCGAAAAAUAUCAAUUAAUUGUAAUUUUAGACUUUACUCUACCUGUAUUCAAUAAAUAAUUUGGCUAUAAUCGAGAAUCUACGAAAAAAUAUGGAAAAAGUUUCAAUAGUUA